CAGCAUACCAAUUAGUUGAAAUCCUUUCAUUGUCCAAAGACUCCAAACAGCGCCUAAACAAUAAAAUGAGCGCGGGGAUGUGUAAAUCACACGUGGAAGGCACGGAUCACCCGCGGAAGUGAAGAGCAGCCGUGUAAUUUUCAUUGGACGGUGAGGGCACUACUAGCGCGACCGACACAAAUUUUUAACCUUGUGUAAGUCAUAAACAACCGCUUCACUCAUACGCGUUCGGCGUGUUGAGCGAGCCUCCAUCACCUGAAACAAAAUUAGGGUUUGAGUGGGUGAAAGUAGGGUUGUCAGAAAUGGGAGGAGGCAAUGGCCAGAAGUCGAAGACGGCGCGUGAGCGGAACAUGGAGAAGACGAAAGCCGCCAAAGGAAGCCAGCUUGAGUCAAACAAGAAAGCAAUGACAAUCCAGUGUAAGGUGUGUAUGCAGACAUUCAUCUGCACGACAUCUGAGGCAAAGUGCAAGGAACAUGCUGAAGCAAAGCAUCCCAAAUCUGAGCUUUCUACCUGUUUCCCCCAUCUGAAAAAAUAAGUGGAUUGAGUGAAACAAUUGGGUUGAGAGGAGUUGGGAAGAUAUACUUUGUUUAAAUGGAUGAACCCGAUCUAGUAUGAUCAUGCAGAAGUUAUGCCAAGCCCGUAUUUGUUAAUGGUAGUUGCUUGAUGGACGUUCUGGAGAAAGAUUGAUCAUGUAUGUCAUUUAAACUGGUUCUUCUUAUGUCUCUUAAAAAGAGUGUGUUCACGUGUAGUCUUUGUUAAAAAGUGAACAUCUUAAUUGAUCUGGGACCAUAUCACAUGUUUAUUGGUGGUUCUGGUGUAGUGCCCGACUUUGCUAUGUUUUGGUACCAGGGAUGAGGAGUGUGAGUACGCAUCUCUUCCCUUUAUUUAUUUAUUCAUUUGUAUGUUUGGAUGAA